CGGUGGGGUAAUGGCCGCACGACAAGCAGUUUACCUACUAGUAACUAGUUGAUUGCGCACCGUCAUACUCUAAACUUGCUUCGAACUAACUCGGUGGUACUUUUAUAUACUUCAGUGUAUAAGUAGUGCGCACUCUUAAUUAACGUCAUUCCGCGAGUGAGCUAAUGGCGGGUGACCCUGAUGAAUGUUCAAAGUCCACUCCACGGCUUUUGGGAUAAUCAGAUCCGGACGCAAGCCACGCCAACUUCGCACUACCCAUUGGCCUCAUUUGUUUACUACGGGGGGUACGUCCCAAUGCCGAUCACAACUCCUUUUUCCGGGAGACAGGAAAAAAAAGAUAUAAGACGCCGGUCCGCCUUUGAACUGCACGCAUUGUGCGGAUCUGCCUCCUCAUCUCUUUCCGACUAUGUGGCUAGCAAGAUAUCUGGCUGUAUCAGGUGUGGUGGCUGCCGUGGUUGGAGCAAGCACACACAACUUCUACAAGCCAUCAACCUGGACACAGAACAAUCACACGUAUGUGGCUCCCGUCCAUGAUGACUUCGUCCUGAGACUAUCCUCGGACGGCUCCAAUCCGUCGAUCAUCAUCCUAGACUACGGAAAAGAUGUUGAGGGCAUUCCUACAUUUCAAAUAUCCCAGUGUCAGGGAGACACUAGUCGCUUGGAGAUGACCUAUAGUGAGACUCUCAGUCUCCUAGAUUCGUACAUGGGGGAUGGGCCAUUGACCCUCGCAGCGGCAAUGGAUACUUACCGUGUGAACCGCUACAAUAUCACCGCGACGGGCCCGCACAAGAGCCGUCUCAUUCAAGGCGGUCUCCGGUAUCAGAAGCUCAACCUCUCCACUGCCGGUGAACUCCAACUAUCCCAUAUCGGACUCAUUCCAACCACCGAUACCACCGCCAUUAGCCAGCUUCCUGGAUCGUUCAACUGCUCGGACCCGGAGCUGGCUCGUAUCUGGCAAACUGGAGCGCGGACUAUCCAGCUUACCGAGUUAUCUGCUGGUUCCUUGCCAGAAUUCUGGAGAAUCACUGCGGAUGGAGCCUUUGUCGAUAGCGUGGCACCCCAGCCCUGGAUGGGCAGUGAGCUGGCCUCGUUCUUAAUGCAGUAUACCCUAACCUUUUCUGCUAAGCCAAUAGUCGGUGGGUUUGGAUUCACUGUGCUAAGCGACACACUGGGCAGCGGCAUUUAUAUUUUUAUCGAUGCAGUGCAUCGCUCGAUCUCCGCUCACGCAGGCUCGACAGAACGAGAGUCGCCCGCUCUUUCUUCAAUGAAGUUGAAUUCAUCUGUCACACUUGGUGCCUGGCACUAUGUUACUACCAACGUCAAUAUGACCGAUAUCUCGGUGUUUAUCAAUGGCACCCAAGUCUUGCAAUUCUCUCAAACCUCUUCCUUCUCGGGGUCCUUUGGCCUAGGUGCCUCGUUCGGUCAAGAGGUUUAUUACACAAACGUCUCCUUGACGAGCGGCAGGCAGGAAAUUUAUACCUCCUCCUUGACGGACAAAUCUGCGCUGAAAGACUUCCUCCUUGGUACUAAUCCACUCUCUGUGAGUGUAGAUGGGUCAAAGAGAGAUCGAAUUGCCUAUGCUGGUGAUCUGGAAAUGAGUGCUGCCUCGUCUUUUGCCAGUACUAAUGGCAGAGAGUUCAUCAACGGAACCAUCGAGCUUCUGGGUUCCUUCCAGUUAACCCCGGGUUUCUUUGCACCAACGGCCAAGGUCCAGCAAGCACCGCGCACCAAGGAUAUCGAGUCUGACAUCACGGGUCUGAUCGGUUACUCGUUUUUACUGCCGGUAUCCAUGGCCGAUUACUACUUGAUGACCGCGGAGCCCGCUUUUGCGACACGCUGGGCACCUCGGAUUAUACGGUUGCUGGACUGGGCAGAUUCACAGACGGUACCCGUUCAAAAGGGCAUCCCUUCGAGUAAACUUCUCAACAUCUCCAAUGCAGUCAUGGCCGGUGGCUGGAACUACUACGACCCAGCGCAAUCAGGCAUGGUCAUGACUUUCAAUGCUGUCUACGCCUUCGCCCUGCAGCAGUGUUUGCCGUUGCUGUCUGCCGCGGGUAUUGCGAAUGUGACGAUCUACGAGACCCGUCUACGUGAUCUCCGUGAUGCGAUCAACACCCAUUUUUGGAAUGACAAACUCGGUGCCUACGGACUCUCGCUCUCAAACAUGGAUAUCCUCGCCCAGGACGCUAAUUCCUUCGCCAUUCUUGCCAAUAUCCCUGGGACAGGACAUGGUAACCGAUCCGCCGCCGGUGUUCUAUCGGCCAUGGGAAGCGAACUCUUCCUCCCCGCCGGCGGUCGUCCACUCGCCUUCUCCAAUGCCAGUGUGAGCGCUGGGUUCGCACAGAAGGUCUCACCCUACGCGUCAGGCUACCAUCUGAGGGCUGCGCUUCACGCUCAUGAUGCCACUACUGCGCUGCACCUGCUUACCUCAACCUGGGCCCCCAUGGCUGACCCCGCCGCCACUAACUAUACAGGCUGCUUCUGGGAAACACUCUUGCCCGACGGCACACCCGGUCUUGGAAAUCCGACAUCUCUCUGCCACGCGUGGAGUUCGGGACCUACAGCUGUGCUGAGCCAGCAUGUCCUGGGCAUUCAGCCUGUGGAAGCCGGGUUCCGUACGUGGCAGGUCAGACCGCAGACUCUCGGGCUUUCAUGGGCUGAGGGCCGCCAUCCAACUCCUAACGGGGUCGUGGAAGUCAAGUGGUCUUAUGAUGCCAAAGACAAACUUACAAUGCAAGUGUCCGGCCCUGCAGGUACGCGAGGCCGAGUGCAUCUACCGUUGCGACCGGCCAAUACCACCGUGGAAAGACUACAGUACAAAGUCUCGGGAAAUGCGUCUGCCAUUUUGACGGAUAUGGUGUUCGAGCUGGACGGGGGUUCGACCUUCAGGUUUCAACAACUGUCAUAAGUCACCCUGGACUUGGUGUCCGGGAUAUGGACUAUUAUUUUUAUAUCGUUAUUCGUGUCUUGUGGCCCCUCUGGGAAGUAAUAUGGUCCGGUUAUAUAACGUAAAUUUCACUAGUUCAAGUGUGCAUGAUACGUCUUUCUUAGUAUUCUGUGCGUCUAUUUCAAAAUCUAGCGUGUAGAACCGACCUUCCCGUCAUACAAUCCACCAACUAUGGUGUAUGGUAAUGUGGGAUGAAUAUGAUAAUAAUAAUGGAUCUAGGAUAGAGCAAGGAACUUCAUCUAUGACUAGCGUGAGACGGAAUAAGUAAGGCCAAGCUCCCGAACACCAACA